AGCACCGCUACAGACGUGUCCCCGCCGAACAGCAAGCGCGCGCGACAGACGGCGAAUACGAGCAAUCCCGAUACCACCGACGACAUGGAAUUCCUUGUUGAGAAUGUGGGCGAAGUACUUGAGCGUAUGACUGAGCUUGAGCGGGUUGAGACGCUGGAAGUGUUGCAGGGCGAAACGAGCAACCAAGGCGGAGGCAGAUCGCGAGACAACACGGCAGGCUACGGCACUGUUACCCACGAGAACUUGCUUGAACUCGAAGGCUUGUCCUCUCUACGGAACUCCAUCGCCUGGCUCCAACGCGUCAAUGCGAUGAACCUUUCACCCGGGAGCCAGCUUCGAGCUGGCGAUAGGGACUUAAGUAUCCACGGCGCGGCUGGAUCCUCUAGCUCUCAAUCAUCGCUGCAUCCGAGCACCGCCUCAUUCCGACCGAAUACAGCGCCAGGCCAAAUUUCGCUCCCUGUGUCCAUCAUCGAUACUCUCGACCCAGUCCGCCGUCUCGACGAAGCCCGCCGUCUCGACGAAGCCCGCCGUCGCGAGGAACCCCGCCAUCUUGACCUAAGCCAUCAUCUCUAUAAGGGCUCUCUUGGGCUCGACAAUUCGCCUUCCGCCCGUAAGAUCGUAGCAAUCUUGAUGGCUUUCAAAAAUAGAAAGCAAGCCGAGGUAGACCAGAAUCCCGCUCCUCCACAACGCCCAUCAGCCCAACCGCGCACUUUCCUAAAGUUCAUGGAGCUCCCAGUAGAGCUGCGAGGACGAGUGUACGAGUUCGUUGUCGGCUUUGAUGAACCGAUCCGCCCACACGCAUGUGAUGCGCACAAGAGCGGGGGGCCGAAGACUUGGCGCUUCCAUGACGAUGUGAAGCAUGGAGCUGAAGGAGAGCACAAUGAAAUAUCACAGCUACUAGCCAUCACUCGCACUAGCAAGAAAGUUCGAGAAGAGAGCCUGCCCAUAUUCUACAGCGUCAAUACUUUCGCCGAUGGCUACGACACUCUCCAGUACUUCCAAGCUUUGGAAGCCCGAGGCCGCUUGAAUCUGGUGCGCAACGUCCAAUUCCACGCGCACUUCCGCUAUGCCAACAGCACGCUCGUGGUCCAGGACGUGUUCAGUGCUCUCAUGAAGAUCAACACCGCAACCACCGUGGCCAGCCUGCCGUUCUUGGAUGUAUCCUGGGACGCCAAUAUGUUCCUCGCGAUGAGUAUGCUGGCGAAGACUUUCAACGACGGCCAUAAGACGAUCACGCUCAGGGUACCGGCUCCUGAUUGGUUCAAGGACCCUGAGGAGUACCCUAAGCUGGAAUGGUUCCUCAAGGUCACCAAUAAACUUGGGCUCGAUGUGAAGCUUGUGCCGUCUGGUCGGCUCUACGGAUGCGAGAGCACUACUGUUGUCUGCGAUUGGGUUCACAGGCUCCAGAAGGACGAUGGUAUUGCCAAGGUGGCUACUAAGGAGACUAGGAAGCUGAUGGAGAAUGUCACCAAAGCGGUUCCUGGGGUCGCAAACUUCUCGAAAACGAAAGUCUCGUUCUAUAGGAAGGACUGCGCCGGCAAUGUAGUCUGGUUUGAGGAGGUUUAGAAGCGUCUAGGACAAUCUGCGCGAAGUUAUCGAUUACGACGGCAGCCUUACACCAACUCGCUAUACAUCACGCAAUCAAUCGACCAAGCUAUCAGCCCGCAGAACUCGACAGAUCCGGCAUAACACAAUGCAAUCAGCGGCUUGAGAUACAACCGCUUCUUGUCAUGAGUAUCAUAUCGUACGAUGAGCCUUUCAUGGCGCUCAUGGUCAGCGGUUUCUUGGGGUCUUGAGUAGCACCACACCCUUCUGGGUAGGAGUCACUGGCUUUUGAGUAGCAAGUUUGAGA